UGAACUUAUCCCUAUUCGUAUUGAGUAUCAAUGUCAUAUUAACAAAGUUAUAUUCAUGUAUUGGUUAAAAACUCUAAACCCAAGCCCUACACUCAAAGCUCUAAGCCAUUCCAAAGAACACUCUAAAACUCAUAACUCAAAAUGAUCAACCCCAUUGUUGACGGACAUUCUAAAUUUCAAAACUCAAAACGAUGAACCAAUUUCGAGUUUUGAGAUUUAGAAUGUCCUCCCUUAAGAAAAUAAAAAAAAUAAAAAAAAUAAAAAAAAUUAAAAAAAACUUAACCCCGAGCUCUAGCUCGCACCAUCUAAAUCCUAAAAGAAAUAGGCUUGAUGACGUAAUCACCUUACUUUGAUUUAGUAUAUAAACCACCUUUCUAGAGCCUCCCAUGCAGAAGCCCCAAAUUCUCUCGUCUCUUGAAAACAAAACCAUGAACCCCCGAUCCAGGGCGAUAUCCAAGGCCAAGGCCAAGGCUAAGGCCAAGUCCAAGUCCAAGUCCCUAGCCGGACCAGGAUCCGGAUCCGGGCAGGAGAAGAUUCCAGGCCAACGGACGAAGCUCGGAGAUGGCCCUCCCUCUCAACUCAAAAAUGAAAAGGCUGUUGAAGAGAAUCUGGCUAAACUCCAACUUGACGAGGGGAAUACUACUACUCCAAAAUCAAAACCAGAAGAGAAGAAAAUGAGCAGGGCAUUCACAGCUGAGAAACCUUUCAGAUUCCAAUUCAAACACCCUUGUGAAGUUUGCAAUGUGUUUGGCCACUGGAGUGAUUUAUGCCCCUACCUGAAACGUAUACCAGACAAUGUAACUGAGGUUGGCAAGGGCUACAUAAUAUUGGAUGGCCGUGGGCUGAGGUAUGCUGAUAUGAUGUUCUGUCUUCUUUGUGGCAAAUUUCGUGACCACGAGGAUGAGGACUGCCCGGAUUUAAGCAAAUUCAUUGCAGAAGGCCACCCCCUUCUCAACCUAGUUCCUCGCAGCCCGUAAUCUUGCUGAUGGCGAGGAUGCUGUUGGAUUGUCUAGUCUUGGGCUGUUGCUUUCUUCUUUAUUUUCUUUGAGUUUCAGCACUCUGUAGUCUGUAUAUAUGUCUUUGAGUAAGCUCACCUGCCCCGUCCGUAGUGACUGAUGGCUGGCGGAUGGAUACUGUACUUGGGUUUGGUUUGCUUGUACUGGUCUUGAAAUAUUAAUACUUGGUUGUUCUUGUUUCUAAGUGGACAGCCCUUUGCU